AACACAAGUUCACAGGAAGGAAAAUCAUCACAUUUAUACUGAUGGCUGCUUCACGCGAAGUCCAGCUGAGACAGAGAAGAAGAUUAAGCUCGAGUAAAUUGACAGCAGACAGACGCAGGGUGUGAGGCUGUUGGUUAUUCUAACGCCGGAUACAACAAAGGUGAUCUUAUUAAGAAGUGAGGGAGGAAGAGAGUGGAAGGAAUAAGGGGAAGAAGGAGAGACGCCAUUUAGGGCUACCGGCUCUGUGGCAUGGCAGAGGGUAAAACAGGACAUAACGCGUGAACUUAAAGUUAACAUGGCGAGGGCUGGGCGCCCUGCAUCUGAGAGCUACCAGCCAGCUCGCUCUUCACUCAGCCAGUCACUCUCUGACUCCAGUGGAGCUGUGAAGGUGGAGGAUGAAGAUGAUCAUGCACCAAUUUUCUCCCUGUCUAAGAGCUCCGUGGAUGUUCUAAUGGCAGUAGGUCCGCCACACAAGCGGGAUCCAGCGUGGACCAGACUGGACCUGAGACGCAGCUCCAGCACCAAUACGCACUCUGAGCAGAACUCAGUGACGCUGCAGCCGCUGCACACUCACAUGUGGCAGCACGUCAACGCCACCAGCCCCCACCAGCUAGCACCCACAACCCAGUACACUGACAUCCAUAACCCUCCUGCACUCAGCGAGCGCUGGAUUUCCAACAUGCAGCGAUGGAGCGGGUGUAGCGGCAGCACACACAGUCGUAGCAGCACUCCAGACACGGUUGUGUCACGUCCCUGCAGUCUCAUGCACGAAGCCCCUUGUUCUGCAUCACCAGAUUCUCCCAUGUCCAAACUGACCUCUCCAUCAACUACACCCUCCCCAUUCAUCUCCCCCCUCGGCACGCCUACUUUAACAUCUGUACAGACUUCUUCGCCACUUACACCAAACUCACAGCAGCAGGAAGAAUUAUUUGAACCCUCACCUACACUCUCAUCCCCGAAGAUUGACACCUCACCAAGUUCUCAUUCCCACUCUCCUGAUCCACUCCGGCUCACCAGCACAGAGGAUGAAGGCUUCUUGGAGAAUAAUUCCCUUUCAUUUCAGUUCCCUUCCCCAAUCCCAUCCUCUGUUAGUUUAGAUGAAGCAGGAGUGUAUUCAAAUCCUGAAUAUCUUGUUGAUGAUGUGAUAGAACCGCUGUCCAGCCCUACAGAGAUACUGGAGGGUGAAGAAGCGAGAAGCCCAGUGCAAAUACUUAGCUACCCAACACCUAAUUCUCCAGAACAAGAAUCAAAAACAGGACCAUCUGUCUGCUUUCUUGAGUUGCCGUGGCAGCCAGAGCAAAGUGGUCCAGCAGGUCGAGGUUGGAGGUCACCACUUGUUUCUUCCUUGAGUGAGUCACAGUUGGGGGACACCUGCAGGUGCGGCUCAAAUGCCAGAGAGGGCAUAGCAAAGGUCACGAAGGUAGAGGUGUUCCGGCAAGAAGCUUCAGUGAUGUCACGGCCAGAAAUGGCAGAUGCAGCUGUGCAGACAAUCUCCCCUAUCGGCUCGUGGUGGGACCUCAAGAUGAACAUUUCCACUUCCAACAUGGGGUCCCACUCUAUCUUGGGCUCGCCACCUGGAUCCAGACUGAACCUGAAGUCUUCAGCAGGGUCUAACUCCAAUCUGGUGUCAGCAUCUUCCAGCAUGUUCCCAGUGAGCAGCGUAGAGGAAGAGGAGAAACAAGGAGAUGACCCAGUGUUGGAAGUUGCCUCUGCUUCCUCAUAUGACCUGGAGAGCAGGAGGCCAUGUCUGAAGAUGCAGGUGCAGGAAAUGGAUGACCUAGGGGGGAGGAGGAGCAGUAUGAAGCAGGUGCAAUGGGAUGAGGAUGGGAUGACGUGGGAUGUUCAUGGAGCAUCUGUGGACCCUGAGGAGCUGAACACAGCCAUACUAAAACAUCUGGAAAGCCAGAAAAGCCCAGAACCACCAAGACGUUCCUCAAAGAAGAAAAAAGCACCAAAACCUCCUCUGAUAUCAAAUGUGGCCCCUAAGAUUGAAGGAACACCAGAAGCAGAUCAGGGGAGAGCGACAGAGCAGGAAGAAGGGGACAAAAAGAAAGAAAUAGAAGAAGCUUCUCAUAGAGGGAGCACAGCAGAGGAUGACAAAGCAAAAGAAGAUGAGCAGGAGAUUUGUGGAGAGGAAAGCAUCAGCCCUUCUAAGUCACCCUCACCUGGAAAUGGGCACAGCAGGAAGAAGAGUGUGCUAAGGUCACUGAGGAGGCCAAGAUGGUGUGGAGCCUCUGCAACGGCAGACGACUAAUACAGCAGACUAAAACUAAAUCUAUAAUAGCUAAGAGCUAAUUAAAUCUUCAGUUUGCACAAUAAUCAUAAACUUGGAAUGAAGCUGGACGAGAUGUCGUUAGGUGCAACUUUCACGAUGUUGCUGCAUUAGUCAUGUUCUUCCCGCUCACUGGUAUCCACUGUUUAGUGGCAGGUAGAUGCAACUCUGCCAAGCUUUUCACAAAAGCCACCAAUAAGUUAGUGUAACUUGUUCCUGUAGAUGUUCAAUAAAGCAUUUGUUUCCAUUGCUGAAAUUCUUUUGCUUGUGGGUGAUUAUGAAAUAUGAGCAGCACAGUGAACAUAAAGCUAAGAAGUGAUGACAAGAAAAAUUUGUAUUUGAGAUUAACAGAUUUUACAUUUUAUGCUAACUUAUUGUAGAGGUCUGCCAGUGG